AGCAACCGGCCGAGCCAGCGGCGCCCGGCCCCGCCAGCGCAGCGCGCACCGGCCGAGCGCACCCACAGCCCGGCGCGACCCCCGGCGCGACCCCUCCCCUCCUGCCUCGCCAUGUCCCUCAAGCAAGCGGCGGCGGCGGCGCAGCCCGCCGGCAACAACCGCAAGCCCCCCGGCGGCGGCGGCGGCGGCGGCGGCCCCGGCCUCCCGUCAGCCGCGGGCAGGCAGAACAUGGGCAGAGGCCGCAGCAGUGGCAAAGGACCACCCCAGCCUACGAUUUCUUUCGAUGGCAUCUAUGCAAACAUGAGAAUGGUUCACAUACUCACAUCAGUUGUUGGAUCCAAAUGUGAAGUCCAGGUGAAAAAUGGUGGUAUAUAUGAAGGAGUUUUUAAAACCUACAGUCCUAAGUGUGAUUUGGUGGUUGAUGCUGCUCAUCGGAAAACUGCAGAGUCCAGUUUGGGGCCAAAACGUGAAGACAUUCUGGAGAGUAUCCUGUUCAAGUCUUCAGAUUUUGUUAUGGUGCAUUUUAAGGAUAUGGAUACCAAUUAUGCCAGAAGAGAUGCUUUUACUGAUUCAGCCAUCAGUGCUAAGGUGAAUGGAGAACACAAGGAGAAGGAUCUGGAACCGUGGGAUGGAGGAGAGAACACGGCGUCCGAGGAGCUCGAGGCGCUGGAGACAGAUGUUUCUAAUGGAUGGGAUCCCAAUGACAUGUUUCGUUACAAUGAAGAAAAUUAUGGUGUAGUAUCAACUUAUGACAGCAGUUUGUCUUCUUAUACGGUGCCAUUAGAAAGAGAUAAUUCAGAAGAGUUUUUAAAACGGGAAGCCAGAGCAACUCAAUUAGCAGAGGAAAUUGAAUCAAGUGCCCAAUACAAAGCUCGGGUUGCCUUGGAAAAUGAUGAAAGGACAGAAGAAGAAAAAUAUACUGCUGUUCAGAGAAAUGCUAAUGAAAGAGAAGGACAUGGUGUGAACACUAGAGAAAAUAAAUACAUUCCGCCCGGACAGAGGAACAGAGACGUCCUGUCCUGGGGAAGUGGAAGACAAAACUCACCAAGGAUGGGCCAGUCUGGCUCAGGCCCACCAAUCUCCAGGUCUGGAUCCCACACUUCAGAAUUCAGCCCUAACUCUGGAGCAGAUCAGAGAGUAGUUAACGGAGCGUCUCACCCCUCUGCUCAUGGUUCUCCAGCUCCUGUCUCUACUAUGCCUAAACGCAUGUCUUCAGAAGGGCCUCCACGGAUGUCUCCUAAGGCUCAACGGCACCCACGAGGUCACAGAGUCUCUACUGGUAGGGGUACAAUUUCAAGUGGCUUAGAAUUUGUAUCUCAUAAUGCACCUGGGGAAGCAUCUACUGCUGCAGUGGCACGAGGCAGCCCUUCAGGUGGGACGUGGUCAUCAGUUGUCAGUGGGGUUCCGAGAUUAUCCCCUAAAACACACAGGCCUAGGUCUCCAAGGCAGAGCAGCACUCCCAUGGGACCAGCUCUGCCUUCCCCUCAGCCUGGAACUAUUCCCACUGAAUCUGUUGCCAUGCCUGUUCCAGCUGCCUCUCCUACACCUGCCAGCCCUGCAUCCAACAGAGCAGUCACCCCUUCCAACGAAGCUAAAGAUACCAGGCUUCAGGACCAGAGGCAAAAUUCUGCAACUGGCAACAAGGAGAAUAUAAAGCCAAGUGAGACUUCUCCUAGUUUUCCUAAACCUGAAAACAAAGGUGUCUCUCCAAUUGCUUCGGAGCAUAGAAAACAGAUUGAUGAUUUAAAGAAAUUUAAGAAUGACUUUAGGUUACAGUCAAGUUCCUCUUCCGAUGCAGUGGAUCAGCUGCUCAACAAAACCCGAGAGGGGGAGAAAUCAAGAGACGUAGUUAAAGAAAAGACAGAAUCCACCCCUAAAGAAUCUAUCAUAGAAGCUGGCAGUAACACCAACUCCAAUGGUGGCAGCAGCAAACCCAACAGUCCCAGUAUUUCUCCUUCCAUAAGUAACAGCUCUGAGCAAAAGCGAGGGCCUGAGGUGACUUCCCAAGGUGUGCAGACAUCGGGGCCUGGAAGUAAACAAGAUAAGGAGGAUAAAGAGGAGAAGAAGGAUACUUCUGAGCAAGUUAGAAAAUCAACACUUAACCCUAAUGCUAAAGAGUUCAACCCUCGAUCUUUUGCUCAGCCGAAACCUUCUACUACACCGACCUCCCCUCGUCCACAAGCUCAGCCCAGCCCCUCCAUGGUGGGUCAUCAGCAGCCAACCCCUGUGUACACUCAGCCUGUUUGUUUUGCACCAAAUAUGAUGUACCCGGUUCCAGUGAGUCCAGGCGUGCAGCCUUUGUAUCCUAUUCCCAUGACGCCCAUGCCAGUGAACCAAGCCAAGACAUAUAGAGCAGUACCAAAUAUGCCCCAGCAGCGGCAAGACCAACACCACCAGAGCACCAUGAUGCAUCCUGCCUCAGCAGCAGGCCCUCCAAUUGUAGCUACUCCACCUGCUUACUCAACACAAUAUGUUGCAUAUAGUCCCCAGCAGUUUCCUAAUCAGCCUCUUGUGCAGCAUGUGCCACACUACCAAUCUCAGCAUCCUCAUGUUUAUAGCCCUGUAAUACAGGGCAAUGCCAGGAUGAUGGCCCCACCAGCACACGCACAGCCGGGUUUAGUAUCUUCCUCUGCAACACAGUACGGUGCGCAUGAACAGACACAUGCUAUGUAUGUUUCCACUGGCUCACUUGCUCAGCAGUAUGCCCACCCUAAUGCUACCCUGCAUCCGCAUCCUCCUCAUCCUCAGCCUUCUGCCACACCGACUGGCCAGCAGCAAAGCCAACAUGCUGGAAGCCACCCUGCUCCCAGCCCCGUGCAGCACCACCAGCACCAGGCUGCCCAGGCACUCCACCUGGCCAACCCCCAGCAGCAGUCGGCGAUUUACCACGCAGGUCUAGCUCCAACCCCUCCUUCCAUGACGCCAGGCUCCAACACGCAGUCUCCACAAAAUAGUUUUCCUACAGCACAACAAACAGUCUUCACCAUUCAUCCCUCCCAUGUUCAACCUGCAUAUACCAAUCCGCCACACAUGGCCCAUGUCCCCCAGGCUCAUGUACAGUCAGGAAUGGUUCCUUCUCACCCAACUGCCCAUGCUCCAAUGAUGCUAAUGACGACACAGCCUCCCGGUGGUCCCCAAGCCGCCCUCGCUCAAAGUGCACUACAACCCAUUCCCGUCUCGACAACAACACAUUUCCCCUAUAUGACGCACCCUUCAGUACAAGCCCACCACCAACAGCAGUUGUAAGGCUCAUCUGGAAUAACUGAAAGGCUGGAUACCUUUUGUAGGCCAAAUACCCUCCUUCUACUGCUUCUGCCAACUGGAAGCACAGAAAACUAGAAUUUCAUUUUAUUUUGUUUAAAAAAAAAAAAAAAUUUUUUUUUGAUUUCUUGUAACAUCCACUAGGAAUGCUAACAGUUCAUCUUGCAGUGGGAGAGAUUCGGACUGAGUAGAGGCAUUUAGGAACUUGUGGGCUAUUCCAUAAUUCCAUGCACUGUAUCUGAGUCCUGCAAGUGCCCCAACUCUGCUUGCUGAAAACUGGAAGUUAUUUAUUUUUUAAUGACCCUUCAAAGUUAUGAACUCGUCAGCUAGCAAAAGAAGUAACAAGAGUGAUUCUUGCUGCUAUUAUCACUAAAAAUCAAGACUUGGAGAUCCCUUUUACUUCUAACUAAACUUGAAACAGGUUCAGUAAAAGAAAAAAAAAAAUUCUAAUCGUCAAACGGAUGAGUUAUUAUUUAUAAAUCACGUUUGAUGAGAGAAUCACUAUCGUGAGACAGUGAUGUAACUUUUAAGUUAAGAAAACUUUUACUUUGUAGAUAAUAUAAAAUAAAAACUUAAAAAAAAAAUUAAAAAAUAAAAAAAGUUUUAAAAACUGA